AUGAAGGAAGAGAUUCCCAAACCUAGGAUAGAUAAGGUCUACACCUCCAAGAGACAGGGAGUAGAUGCAGAUGGCUCGGUGGAUGACAUCCUUCAGCACCCACUAAGAGUAAAAUCUCUGAGGCGGUAUACAGAUGAGCUUGCUUCUCAAUUCAGUCAGCCAGAAUGUAUCAUUACAUUGGAGAAUUUACACUUAAGGUUAUUAUUCAUAAGUAGUGACUUGGUCCUGCCAUUUUUCGACGAGUUGGCUCGAGGGAGGCCGCGGUGUCGUGGCGGAGGGGGUGCAGCUGAGGCCGGAACCCUGCCCUGGAGCUGGGUGGUUGAGUGGCGGGCGAGGCCGUGUCUCUUGGCGCGGCAGCCCCGGGCUCUGCCGGGGCAGCUUACUAAAAAGUACAGCUCAUGCUCAACAAUAUUUCUAGAUGACAGCACAGUCAGUUCUAAUCUUACAUACACAAUAAAAUGUGUGACCUUAGCAAUAUAUUACCACAUAAAGAACAGAGAUGCAAAUAGAUCCCUGGAUAUUUUUGAUGAGAGAUCACAUCCACUCACACGAGAAAAGGUUCCAGAGGAGUACUUUAAGCAUGAUCCUGAACACAAAUUUAUUUACAGAUUUGUCCGUACGCUUUUCAGUGCUGCACAGCUUACAGCUGAAUGUGCAAUAGUCACUUUGGUUUACUUAGAAAGAAUUUUAACUUAUGCUGAGAUCGACAUUUGUCCCACUAACUGGAAAAGAAUUGUCUUGGGAGCCAUUCUUCUCGCCUCCAAGGUUUGGGACGAUCAGGCUGUGUGGAUGGACUACUGCCAGAUCCUCAAGGACAUCACGGUUGAGGACAUGAAUGAGAUGGAACGGCAUUUUUUGGAGCUACUUCAGUUUAAUAUUAAUGUUCCUGCCAGUGUUUAUGCCAAAUACUACUUUGACCUUCGCUCCUUAGCAGAUGACAACAAUCUGAAUUUUCUGUUUGCUCCUCUCAGCAAGGAAAGAGCACAGAACCUAGAGGCCAUUUCCAGAUUGUGUGAAGACAAAUACAAAGACUUGUGUAGAGCUGCUAUGAGACGAUUUUUCAGCGCUGAUAAUUUCAUUGGCAUUCAGCGCUCUAAUGCUAUCCUCUCUUAAAGGGAGUAAUGAGAGGGUUCUAACAUCCUCAAUCCCUCAUCUACAAGGACUGGAGAACUGUCACCUCUCUGGCUCAAAAACCAGCAAAGUUAGUAUUUUCACCAAAAACAAAGACAUGGUAUUCAAGAGACUUGUGGACAAUGAGGAGGAUUGCACUCCAAAGGAAAGAAUGGGACCUUGUUAAUGCAACAACACACCCUUCUGUCCUUUUUAAUGUAAACAGAGUUUAAAAAAAAAAAAAACACUUCAGAAAGGGAAAGCUCCCAACCCACACACAGAUAUUUCUUUA